GCGUUACACGUCCGAAUAUACCAAUAAUUAUUAGUAAAAUUUCAUUUUGUAACAUUUCGCAUAUUCUUGGUUUAUUCUCAGGACUCUGGCUGUGUGGAACCAGUCAAACAGUCAUCCUCUGUUCACGGAGUCUGACGCUCGGUAUCACCAGCUCGCUCUCACCAAGAUGAGGAGACUUCUCUACUUUAUCUGUGCUGUAACUCUUCUCUCUGUUGUAUCUUGGGUAACUAUUACGUUCUUCGGAGAGUCCGUGCGAUUUGUUUUGAACAAGGAGACCAAUGAGACCCUGACUGAGCCUGUACCCAGAUUACCAUUAAAGGCAUGGUAUCCCUUCGAUGCCAUGAGUGGCACAAUGUAUAUCGUAGCUUUCGUAUACCAGGUGUAUUGGCUGUUUUUCGCAAUGAUUAUUGCAAAUCUUCUUGAUGUCAUGUUCUGCUCUUGGCUUAUAUUUGCCUGCGAACAGCUGCAACAUCUGAAAGCUAUUAUGAAACCUCUAAUGGAGUUAAGUGCAUCGCUAGAUACGUAUAGACCAAAUACAGCAGAGUUGUUCCGAGUACCUUCAACAGAGAAAUCGGAAAAGAUACCAGAACCUUUGGACUUGGAUAUUAGGGGCAUAUAUUCUACACAGACUGACUUUGGAAUGACACUCCGUGGAGCUGGUGGGCGGUUACAGAUGUUUGGACAACCAAACCCAAAUAACCCGAACGGAUUGACGCAAAAACAAGAAAUACUGGCUCGAUCAGCCAUUAAGUACUGGGUUGAAAGGCAUAAGCACGUAGUCAGACUAGUGUCAUCAAUAGGCGAUACCUAUGGCACUGCUCUUCUAUUUCAUAUGCUGGUCUCCACUAUCACUCUUACUCUAUUGGCAUAUCAAGCAACUAAGAUAAAUGGACUGAAUGUAUACGCGUUCAGCACUGUGGGAUAUUUGAGCUACACCCUCGGCCAAGUGUUCCACUUCUGCAUUUUCGGAAACAGGCUAAUUGAAGAAAGCUCUUCAGUGAUGGAAGCUGCUUACUCUUGCCAAUGGUACGACGGAUCUGAGGAAGCGAAGACCUUCGUCCAGAUUGUCUGCCAACAGUGUCAGAAAGCCAUGAGUAUAUCUGGUGCUAAAUUCUUUACUGUCUCUCUGGAUCUGUUUGCUUCUGUACUCGGCGCUGUUGUAACAUAUUUCAUGGUCUUGGUACAACUAAAGUAAAAUAUUUAAUAUACUAUACGUUUUAAUAUUUUUUUUUAAUUAUUUAAUUUGUUACUUAAUAUAAUUCAUAUUCC